UUCAUGAAGCUUCAGCAGUACAAAAAUACCCAUUUUUCAUCAAAAGAACUCAAAAAAAAAAUGGAUCUUCUCUUACUGGAGAAGACCUUAAUAGGUCUUUUCUUUGCCAUUUUAAUCGCUAUUAUUAUCUCUAAACUUCGCUCCAAGCGAUUUAAACUACCCCCAGGUCCAAUUCCAGUUCCAAUUUUUGGGAAUUGGCUUCAAGUUGGUGAUGAUUUGAACCAUAGAAACCUUACUGAGUAUGCUAAAAAAUUUGGUGAUGUGUUCUUGCUUAGAAUGGGGCAAAGGAACUUAGCUGUUGUGUCAUCUCCUGAAUUAGCUAAAGAAGUUUUACACACACAAGGGGUUGAAUUUGGUUCAAGAACAAGAAAUGUUGUUUUUGAUAUUUUUACAGGGAAGGGUCAAGAUAUGGUUUUUACAGUGUAUGGUGAGCACUGGAGGAAAAUGAGGAGGAUUAUGACUGUACCCUUUUUUACUAAUAAGGUGGUGCAGCAGUAUAGAGGUGGGUGGGAGUCUGAGGCUGCCAGUGUAGUUGAGGAUGUGAAGAAAAACCCUGAAUCUGCUACAAAUGGGAUUGUUUUGAGGAAAAGAUUGCAGCUUAUGAUGUAUAAUAACAUGUUUAGGAUUAUGUUUGAUAGGAGAUUUGAGAGUGAAGAUGAUCCCCUUUUUGUUAAGCUUAGGGCUUUGAAUGGUGAGAGGAGUAGAUUGGCUCAGAGCUUUGAGUACAACUAUGGUGAUUUUAUCCCAAUUUUGAGGCCUUUCUUGAGGGGUUACUUGAAGAUUUGUAAGGAGGUUAAGGAGAAGAGGUUGAAACUAUUCAAAGACUACUUUGUUGAUGAAAGAAAGAAACUUGCCAAUACCAAGAGCAUGGACAGCAAUGCUCUAAAAUGUGCCAUUGAUCACAUUCUUGAUGCUCAACAGAAAGGAGAGAUCAACGAGGAUAACGUUCUUUACAUUGUUGAGAACAUUAAUGUUGCUGGUAUGUUUCAAAAUGACUCUCGAUAUACUUUGUUCUAGUUUGGUUUAAAGUAUGGGAUUCUCCUUGUGAAAAUGUUGAAAAAUAACUUUUUAACAAUACUUGGUUUGGUAUCUAUCCUUGUGAGUUCCUUUUGGAUAAGAGUAACAGAAUGGUGUGUUUGACUGGUAAACCAAGAAUAACAAUGUCAACCUCCACAUAUUUUGUUUUUGUACGGUAUUUGGAUUUGCACCAAAGUUUAAGUAACUUAUUAUCAGUUGUUACAUGAUUUUUAAUCAUCCUAGUCAGAAACUAAGAAAAGUAAUUUAUAAGUGAAUGCAUUUGGGUGGGGAACAGCAACUGAAACAAUUGCUAAAGAAAAGGAAGAAUCCACCCAAGGGGCUCGCGUGUGGUCAGCUAGUUAGUGAGACAAUCACUUUGCACGGGGAUGAUGAAUAGCUGGUCUUAGAGGAUGAUUAACUGCACUAGGACUGAUACAUGGCCCAGAUUCCUUUGAGGGGCAGCAGUGGGGAAGUUUCCGGAAUGCCGAAAGCCUGAUGGAUCCCUUUUCCGAUUUAUUCUGUUAUUUAAUUAGAGGUAGUAGGUGAGAAGUUCCAAAUAAGUGGAUAGGUAACAGUUUGAUAUGGUUGGUGUACUUGCCAAUUUCUUGGUGAGGGUUAGGUAGAGCAGGGUUGUUGGUGCACAUUUCAAGGCAUCUAACUUUCCUUGAGUAAUGACUUGUGACGACAAUUCAUGUUAAUUAUGAUCAUGAUAGUGGAGUAAUGAACUAAAAGAUCAACAAAAAUGGAUUUACGCAGGUUUCUGAGUUUUACUGAACUCACUGCUUUUGGUCUGUAGUGCAUGCAUAUCAAAGAAGGAUCUCUUAUAUAUAUAUGAAGAAAUCAUACUCAUUUUGAACUCACUAAUUGUAGAUCUUGGAAUUACCUCUGAGCUUUGAUGAGGACGAU